AUUGGCAGCGUACUCGUAUCGGCGUCUGCGCUUGUAGUAGAUACCUACAGAUAGUUAUAAUCAGUUCGUAAACGAACGCCAAGACGUAUGGUCGUGUGUGGUGGCAUCUUUAUUUACCUCCCGUGAUCUUAUUUUUUGCGCGACUUUUUUGUCAAAUUAUUUUAGACACAAAACACGUUUGUGCUUUUGAAGAUAUUGUACUUUGAACGCGGAAGAAACACCACUAAAUUAUCCAUUCAAACGGUUGGAAAAAUCGAACAAUUUUGCAAACUUGAACUUUGAAUUUUGUUUGUGUUAAAAAUGACGGGCAAAAUAGACCUUUAUAUCCGUAACAGUGAGAGUGAAAACUAUCACCUGGGUCAUUUAUUUAUGGACUUCAUGAAAGAGAAAUCACCCGAUGGGAUUUUCCAGAUAGACGCGUCAACGGACGAACACGAAACCAACGGGUCAGUGUGGCAGAGGUCUACUCAGCUAGCGAGGGCGCUGCGCCAGGUAGGCCUCCGCCCUGGGGCUCCGCUGGCGCUUUCCGGGGCCAACCACCUGGACAUCCACAUCCCGUACUACGCUGCACUGCUUAAUGGAUUGCCUGUUGUUGCAGUCGACCCUUAUUUCAAAUAUGACGAAAUCCGCUACCUGUUCAAACUGGCGGAACCCAGGGUAGUGUUCUGUUCACACGCCAUGUUGUCCACAUACAAGCGCAUUGCCGAGGACCUGGACCUAGACCUGAUCAUCGUCACCUUCGACGGAGACUACAACAUGGCCAAGUUUGUGGAAGAACAUGAUGAUAAGCAGGACAUUGAUGAAUUCCAGCCAGCGGAGUUCGACACGGAGUCGGUGUAUGCCUGGCUGGUGAGCACCAGUGGUACAUCAGGGCUGCCGAAGGUGGCCGCCUUCAAGCACAGAGUACUCGUCAAGCAAAUCAUCAACUUCAGUCGCCUGUCCUUCAUCCCUGAUGAUGGAACUCAUAUGGGCCUGAACCUAGCGCCAGUGCAGUGGAUCUCAGGGUACUACAACGCGCUUGGGAUGCCUCUCGUCAACCUGAUCAAGCUGCAGACCUCGAACUCCGACGACUUGGAACACAUCAUCGACAUCAUCAACAAAUAUAAGCCAUCGAGCAUGCUGUCGAGCCCGGCGACAAUGUCUCUGCUGCUGAAACACGACAAGUUCUGCGACCUGACCUGCUUCACCAUGCUCACCAUCACCGGCGCCAAGCCGCAGGAAGGACUCUUCAAAAUGCUCAAGUCCAGACUAAGCCCGGAUGCUAUAGUGAUGGACGCAUACGGUCAGACGGAGACGAUAGGUCCUGCCUUGAUGCCCAACCCUGAGGGACCCGUCGGGUCGUGUGGGGUACCCAUGCCACCAGCUAUCCGGCAAAUUAAGUUAGUGGAUCCAGAGACCAACGAAGAGAUAACCGAGGCAAAUGUUCCCGGGGAGCUGUGGACCAGAGGGCCCAGCUUCGCGGAAUACUAUAACAACCCUGAGGAGACCAGGCGGGCUUUCACAGAAGAUGGCUGGUACAAGUCAGGAGAUCUACUCUACAGGGAUGAGAGGAACAACUACUUCUUCGUUGAAAGGAUCAAGAUGUUGAUCAAGUACAAAAACUAUCACGUUAACCCGAACGAGAUCGAAGACUUGAUCCACCAGCUGGAUGGCGUGCUGGAGGUGUGUGUGGUAGGCAUACCAGACGCAAUAGUGGGCCAUCUGCCGGCCGCGUGUGUCGUCCUCCGGCCCAACGCCACGCUCACCGCUCAGCAAAUCAAGGACCUCGUCGCUGAUAAGCUAGCACCCAGCAAGCAUCUCCGAGGAGGCGUCAUAUUCAUGGACAAACUACCAAAGACUUCCACAGGAAAGGUGGCGCGAGCGAAAAUAACUAAACUCGCUCCGACAUUAAAGAGAAAAUAACACGCUGUGGGUUGAAAGUGGGGCCAGGUGGAUGGUGGAUACCCAGUAUUGGGAUUUGUUUAUAUUUAUAAUUUUAUUAACUGUGGUAUUAGUUAUAAGGGAUAAAUACACGUAAUAAAUGAAAUGAACACCGAAAUAAA